AUGUCCGACUCGGGUUCUGUUAGUCGACUGACUGGUGGCACUCCGAACCCAGAGAUGUCCAAUCCGGUCCUAGGUCCACUGGGGUUUCGUCCCUUCAACAUGGAUUCACCCGGUUUCCGACCCGGCUUCAGCUCAUUGUUCCGUCCUACUGCUCACGAGGCUGGUGUAUCGCACACUCCAGGUAGUACUGGAGACGGAUCAGCCCCGUGCACUCCGCUAGCGCAUUUGUCCCUCUCACCGGCUAGCUUAGACUUGUAUCCCACUCGAGUGAUAAAAUGUUUGGAUGUUCAUUUAUGCCGUGAAGCUGGAGAAAUGCUUCCACUGGCAGUCAACGAUCGGCUAAAACACGGUCGACACUUCACUUUUCUGAAUGCGCACUUUCCAGACCACGCGAUUACACUCGUUCCCAAUGGAGUUUCCGGUGCAUUAGUAUCAGAGGAAACACCUUACGUGGCAAGGGGACCGUGGUUACAGGUAAGCUUGCCGUAA